CAUCAAGACAAUGUGAUUCUUAGAAAACCCGGUCAAUCGAGAUAUAAAUAUGCCGUGCCUGGCAAGCGGCUUUCCCAAGCGGAAAAGAUAGAGCCAUUCGCCUGAUAACUUGACUAACCUGUACUGCACUAUCUACUUUAUAUACCGUUCAUUACAACAUCGACCAUCCCCAAUUCAACCUGCCACAAGAUGAUCCAGCCUGGGGAGAUCUCUCUGCACCAAGGGGGUUGCACCCCGGACGGUGGACGCUUGCUCGGCUGCUUGUAUGACCGGCAAUGCGAGGUCACAUACCAAGUCGGCUCGAGGAACACGCCCUGCACGACGAUGUUCUACAUGCUGGGCCCGGGGGACCUGCCCCUCGAGGAGUUCCCCUGGGCCCGCAUGGAAGAACUGCUCAAGCACAUCUUCCUGCAGGCGCGGCGCGAGAACCCGGACUCGGCCCUCAUCGCCGGGGAAAUCAGCACCGGGGCAUGGUGUCGCUUCUAUCGCGAGGUCCUCCCCACGGACGGCGCCGACCACCGGGUCCGGGGCAUCUACCAGCACCGACUCGGCGGGAAGACGACCUUCCAUGAGGACGAGGAUGAGGCCCUAAUCGAGCUACUGGAGGGCAUCGCCCAUACCGGUCUCCCCUCUGUAGACACGUUGCUGGGUCUGCACGAGGUUCUCGCCAGACACGGGCAGAGUGCGGUGAGUAUUCCGGGCCGGGCGGAGAGACGCAGGAUUGAGAGAUGCUGGGAAAGCAGAUGCACGACCAUCCUGGUGUCAGAUGUCAAUCAAUGAUUCAAAUGCAAAUCCUCCUACUUGCUGGGACAACUCAUCACCUCAUGACUCAGUAAGCCC